CAAUCGGGGCGUAAAGGCCGGGGUCUAAGCCCAGGGGAGCAGCGGGUGCUGGAGCUGAGAGCCGGGCGCGGAGCGGAGUCGGGGCGCGCAGAGGGCGCGCGCGCGGGCGGGCCCUGCCUCGGCCGGCUCCUCUCCUCCUCCCACCCCCGGCAGCCUCGCGCCUUGCCUCACCCCACUCCACUCCCCGGACCCUCCGAGGGGCCUGCAGAGCUCCGAGGCCCUGUGACGGCCCGCCGAGCGGUUCCGGGUGUAGGGUUCACAGGUCAGAGUUGACUCCCUGAAAAGUGCAGCAGCUUUGAAAUGCAAGAUGGCGGCGGCGGGGCGCUGAGAGGCGCGGCGGCCCCUGCAGGAGAUGGCAGAUAGGUACUUUGGACCUGUUGGUAAUGAUGGCCUGAGCUAAAAGCAUCUCCUAAUUUGAAGGGACACCCUUCCGUGUCAGAGAACAGAAUGCUGAGGAAGCCGUGGCAAGUAAAUAGUGCACGUUUCCCCAGAUUGAUUUUGAGCUCUGUUUCCAGUUGACCUUCAAAUAGAGGACAAAACGUCUGUCAGCCGAUGGUGAUUUCUAUAUGGCAGUCGCCCUGUCCCAGCCCCACGGCACUUCAAUGACAAAGAAGGUGAUUGGAGUUGUGCUUCAAAAAUUUCAGCAGUUCAACAGUAUUUUAUCUGCCAACAAUAAGCUCUUUACUUGAUUGCACCAUGAAAAAGCUGCUAACAAGACUUGUUGAGCACAAAAGCAGACUUGAAGAACCAAAAGCCAUUGUUUUCAAAUGAAGAAUACGGAACGAUUUUCAGCCUCGGUGCUUUUUAAUCACCACUGAGGUUUUUCCCAUAACAACAGAAUGGCAAGCAGGCGAAAAUCAACAACACCCUGUAUGGUCCUUGCCAGUGAACAGGAUCCGGACCUUGAGCUGAUAUCAGAUUUGGACGAGGGACCUCCUGUCCUCACGCCUGUGGAAAACACCAGAGUAGAGAGCGUCUCAAGUGACGAAGAAGUUCAUGAAUCUGUGGAUUCUGACAAUCAGCAAAAUAAAAAGGUUGAAGGUGGCUAUGAAUGUAAAUAUUGUACUUUUCAAACUCCAGACCUAAAUAUGUUUACUUUUCAUGUGGAUUCAGAACAUCCCAACGUAGUGCUAAAUUCUUCCUAUGUUUGUGUUGAAUGCAAUUUUCUUACCAAAAGAUAUGAUGCACUUUCUGAGCAUAAUCUGAAGUACCACCCAGGAGAAGAGAAUUUUAAGUUGACUAUGGUGAAACGAAAUAACCAGACAAUCUUUGAACAAACCAUAAAUGAUCUGACCUUUGAUGGUAGUUUUGUUAAAGAGGAGAACUCGGAGCCAGCUGAAUCUACGGAAUUUUCUUCUUCAGGAAUAUCUAUCAGUAAAACUCCUAUCAUGAAAAUGAUGAAAAGUAAAGUGGAGAACAAACGGAUCACAGUCCAUCAUAACUCGGCUGAGGAUGCUCCCGAAGAGAAAGAGAAGGAGGUCAAACCAGACCGCGAAGAAACUGUGGUGAGUCCAAGUUCUUCGGCUUCUGAAUCUAAUACCAGUACUUCCAUUGUCAACAGAAUACACCCGAAUGCUGCCGGCACGGUAGUGACCCCAGCGGCAGUUCUUCCCGGGUUAGCACAGGUAAUAACCGCUGUGUCGGCCCAGCAGAAUUCCAGUUUGAUCCCCAAAGUCUUAAUCCCUGUUAAUAGCAUUCCUGCCUACAAUGCUGCAUUGGAUAACAACCCUCUUUUGCUUAACACCUACAACAAAUUCCCUUAUCCAACGAUGUCAGAAAUUACUGUGCUUUCUGCUCAAGCAAAAUACACAGAGGAACAGAUCAAGAUCUGGUUCUCAGCCCAACGCCUAAAACAUGGUGUGAGCUGGACUCCCGAGGAAGUAGAGGAGGCAAGAAGAAAGCAAUUCAACGGAACAGUACACACUGUACCUCAGACCAUAACUGUUAUUCCGACACAUAUUUCCACAGGGAGUAAUGGCUUACCAUCCAUUUUACAGACAUGCCAAAUAGUUGGUCAGCCCGGCCUGGUCCUCACACAAGUAGCUGGACCGAACACCUUGCCGGUAACAGCACCGAUAGCCUUGACCGUGGCAGGGGUGCCAAAUCAAACCAGCAUACAGAAAAGUCAGGCCCCUGCCGCUCCGCCUCCUGCAGAAACAAAGCCAGCAGCAGCAGCAGCAGCAGUACCAGCUCCUCAGCUUGUCAAACACGAAACCGCCCUGGCAAACCCCGAUUCAUUUGGCAUUCGGGCAAAAAAGACUAAAGAGCAACUGGCAGAAUUAAAAGUCAGCUACCUUAAAAAUCAGUUUCCCCAUGACUCGGAAAUUAUCAGACUUAUGAAAAUCACAGGCCUGACAAAGGGGGAGAUUAAAAAGUGGUUUAGUGACACGAGGUACAACCAGAGAAACUCCAAGAGUAAUCAGUGCUUACAUCUCAACAACGAUUCCUCCACCACCAUCAUCAUAGACUCCAGCGACGAAACCACGGAAUCCCCAACUGCUGUUACUUCGCAGCAGAAACAGUCCUGGAACCCUUUCCCAGACUUUACACCCCAGAAGUUUAAAGAGAAGACAGCAGAGCAGCUUCGGGCCCUUCAGGCCAGUUUUCUCCACAGCUCCGUACUGACAGAUGAAGAACUAAAUAGGUUACGAGCGCAAACCAAACUGACCAGGAGGGAAAUUGAUGCUUGGUUUACGGAGAAGAAGAAAUCAAAAGCUUUAAAGGAAGAGAAAAUGGAAGUAGAUGAAACUAAUGCAGGUAGUUCCAAAGAAGAGGUGGGAGAAACUCCUCCUGCAGAUGAAUCCGCCGCACCUAAGUCAGGGAGUACAGGCAAGAUCUGUAAAAAGACACCUGAGCAGCUGCACAUGCUCAAAAGCGCGUUUGUCCGAACACAGUGGCCGUCACCGGAAGAGUAUGACAAGUUGGCCGAAGAAAGCGGGCUUGCUAGAACAGACAUAGUUAGUUGGUUUGGGGACACCCGUUAUGCUUGGAAAAAUGGGAACCUAAAAUGGUACUACUAUUACCAAAGCUCCAAUUCAAGUGGUAUGAACGGUCUGUCUUCCCAUAGGAGAAGGGGGAGAGGGAGACCCAAAGGAAGGGGGAGAGGAAGGCCCCGGGGGCGGCCCCGAGGAGGCAAGAGAAUGAACAAUUGGGACAGGGGGCCGUCACUCAUAAAGUUUAAAACUGGAACUGCGAUCCUUAAGGAUUAUUACCUGAAGCACAAAUUUCUCAAUGAGCAAGACCUUGACGAACUUGUUAACAAAUCACAUAUGGGCUAUGAGCAGGUCAGAGAGUGGUUUGCUGAAAGACAGAGAAGAUCAGAGUUAGGGAUCGAAUUAUUUGAGGAAAAUGAGGAGGAAGAUGAAGUCAUUGAUGAUCAGGAAGAGGAUGAAGAAGAAACAGAUGAUAGUGACACUUGGGAACCCCCGCAACAUGUGAAGCGGAAGCUUUCUAAAUCAGAUGACUGAAAUCCACCUAAAACAUUGGAGGAGAAUCAGUUCUUCAACUCAAGAUGUCUGAUUUACUGUGAAUGGGCCCAAUAUUUAAUGGCACUGAAAACGUUUGGGGGCGUACACAUUCUCAAAAAUAGGGUCCAGUACCCACACGAAAUGGAACUUAAUGUUGUGCCAAAGUUAAACUACUGCAGCUGGUGAAACUUCUGCAAUGUAAAUAGAACACUAAUUUAAAGACGAAUUGUAAAAAUUCAGAUUUUAAUACAGUGCAUUUUUAUUCUGAUAUGGAGACAUUCUGAAUCUUAGACUUUCGAAGGGGGUUUAAUGACCACUAGAGCUUGUCCUCAUAUUUUGUCCAGCGUAACACUGUACAUCUAGAGUGAUGGGCCUUAUUGUCUGUAUUCUUUGAUAUGUGAUUAAGCUAAUAGCUUUGAGUGACCAAACAUUUUCCAGAGUAAAAAUUGUUAGAAACAGGAAAAAGAAAGACCUGAUUUAUUUCUGUGUCUUAUUAUCAGGCCCUGCAUGAAAAUUAAAAGUUAUGCAUGGGCUUAUCCAUUCUCAAUGUAAGUGAAAAUACAGCCUAUUGACACAUGUUGGAACAAUAAGGUUUUAUGGUAUUAUUGGCUCUUAAUUAUGGGAUCUUUCAUAGACACCACUGUUACUACUUGUAAUGCCUCUGUUACUUUUUUUAAUUCAAAGCUGAAUUUGCUUUUUAUUAAACUGAAGAUAAUCAACACUGAAGAAGGAAAAGAAACUGGCAAUAAGAAUUAGGAUAGGGUGAAACUCAGAAAUAAAUACUGUAACAAUCAUAUGGCAAUCAGAAAUGUUUGUACCGGUGUCAGAUCAGAAUUUUCAAGAAUUAUCUUUCAGUGAAUUUCUACUUUGUAUAACAAUCCCAUUGAAUAGAGGAAAAAUUCUGAAAUCACAAUGAGUUAAAAGUUAGCUUUUCACUUAUAAAUCAUGGACGUGUUCUUUGUUAACUCUUGCAGUGUCAGAAGACUGAAAGUAUCUACUAACUUACAAACUUUGUAAAGACAGGUGCUGUUCAUUGAUGUUGAGAAGGACCCUUUCUUUUGUGAUAGGACCAUUUUUCAAGAUAUGCUUUCUUCAUAGAAGAAAUGUUCAGUUCAUUUAACUUUGGAUUUAAAAAAAGUUUUUUUUUCUGGAUGACCAGAAAGCUUGGUCAGUUUAAUCUGAUUUAAUGAAUAAUAAAUAUUAAAUUCUUGUUUUUACCUUAAUGUUUGUUGGCUCAUGAAAAUAUUAUGAAAAAGCCUUGAAUAUGCAUGUGGCUUUCAUUUUUAUAAACUUUUUAUUUUUUAACUAUAGCUUUAUUAGUAAUUCCAAAAUGCUGCAGUUUAGCUGACUUCCUCACUCAGACAGCUGGCUUUGUGGGUGGCUUUUUCAUACUACUGUUGAUUUUUUAAAAGAGAAGCAAUGUAAAGACUAACAAUUUAAUGCACUAAACUGUUCUUUCUUUUACACAUUUGAAAACUUCUUACAGCACUCUGUAAUAUAACAAUUAAAUCGCUCCCUUUUUUAAACCAUUGCUAAUGUGAUCUGAGUUUUGCUUGGCAAUAAUUUUCACGUUUUCAAAAUUUGAAAUGUCAAGUAUUGGACAAGUAUGAAGCCUUUGGAUAUAUUUAUAUUGUUUCCCUUACAAUAUGUUAACUUUGUAUAGCUGUAAAUAAUUAUUAGUAAUUGUUCCUUCUCUUUUAUAGACUUGGCCCUUAAUUCUGCUCUGAUGUUUGCUAGCUUUUGAAUAUAUUUGACAGAGCAAAGAACCUUCUCUUGGUUGUGUCCUUGAAUAUGAAAUAAAAGUAAGCUGUGAUUAAUAGUUUUCAGUGAUUUUUUUUCUCCCAUUUCAUUGAGUUUUUUCAAAAUGUGGUAAAAUAUACAUAACGAAAUUGACCAUUGUAUCUGUUUUUAAGUGUACAGAUUGCAUUAAUUAUAUUCACAAUGUUGAGCAACCAUUACCACUUAUUUCCAAAAUGUUUUCAUCAUUCCAAACAGAAAUUCUGUAACAGUUAAGCAAUAACUCUUGAUUUUCCCUCCCCCUGAUAACCUUUAAUCACUUUAUGUUUCUAUGAAUUUGCCUAUUCUUGAUAUUUCAAAUCAGUGCUUAUUUCAUUUAGCAUGUUUUCAAGAUUCUCUCACGUAGCAUGUAUCAGAACUUCAUUCCUUUUUAAGGCUGAAUAAUAAUCCUGUGCACAUUUUCUUUAUUCAUCUGUGGAUGGAUGGAUGCUUGGUUUAUUUCUACAUUUUGGCUAGAAAAGCUACGGUGAACAUGGCAUACAGUUAUCUGACUGAGUCACUGCCGUUGUUUCGUGUAUAUAUUUAGGAGUGGAAUUGCUGAGUCAUAUUAUAAUUCCAUGUGUAAAUUUUGAAGAACCAUCAAACAUGUGCAUGGCCUGCCCCAUUAUUAAUGACCCCACCAGGGUGGUACAUGUGUUACAAUUGAUGAAUCUAUACUGAUACAUUAUUAUCAACCAAAGGUCAUAGUUUGCAUUAGGGUUCACUCUCAGUGGUGUACAUUCUGUGGGUUCAGGCCAAUGUGUAAUUAUGUAUAUCCGCCAUUACAAUAUCAUACAGAGGACUUCACUGCCUGAAAAGUCCUCUGUGCUCCUCCUAUUCUUUCUCUUCCCUCAAGCCCUGGUAACCAUUAAUCUUUUACUGUCUUCAUAAUUUUGUCUUUCUAGAAUGUUAUAUAUUGGAGUCAUUCAGAGUGCAGCCAUUUUUUAUGGGCCUCUUUCACUUGGUAAUAGGCAUUUAAAGCUCUUCCAUGUCUUUUCGUGGCUUAAUAGCUCAUUUCAUUUUAAUGCUAAAUAAUAUUCCAUUGUCUGGAUGUACCAGUUUACCCAUUCAUAUACUGAAGGACAUCUUGGUUGCUUCCAGGUUUGGGCAAUUAUGAAUAAAGUGCUAUAAACAUCCAUGUUCAGGAUUUUGUGUGGACAUAAGUUUUCGAUCCUUUUGGGUAAAUACAAGGAGCACGAUUGCUGGGUCAUACAGCAAAAGUAUGCAUAGUUUCUUACGACAUUUUGCAUUCCCACCAGCAGUAAUUGAGAGUUCCUGUUGUUCCACAUCCUCGCCAGCGUCUGGUGUUGUCAGUGUUCUGGAUGUGGGCCAUGCUAAUUGGUGUGUAGUGGUGUCUCGUUGUUUUAAUUUGCACUUUGCUGAUGACAUAUGACACUGAGCAUCUUUUCAUGUACUUAUUUGCCAUCUGUGUAUCUUCUUUGGUGAAAUAUAUGUUAAGGUCUUUGGCCCAUUUUUUUAAAUCCUUUUUUUCCUUAUUGUUAAGUUUUAAGAGUUCUUUAUAUAUUUUGCUCACAGUCCUUUACCAAAUGUGCCUUUUGCAAGUAUUUUCACCUAGGCUGUGGCUUGUCUUCUCAUCCUUUUGAAAUUGUCUUUCACAAGUCAGGGAAGUUUUUUAUUUUAAUUAAUUCCAUCUUGUCGAUUAUUUCUUUCAUGAAUCAUGCCUUUUGUAUUGUAUCUAAAAAGUCAUUGCCAUGCUUAAGGUCAUCUAGGUUUUCUCCUGUGUUAUUUUCUAGGAGUUUUGUAGUUUUCCAUUUACAUUUAGAUCUGUGAUCUAUUUUGAAUUAAUGUUUCUGAAUGGUAUGUCAUUUUUUCUUAUUAUGGAUGUCCA